AAAGCCGCCCCUCCCUUGAUUUCUAUCUGAUUUGCUUCCCUAAUUCCAAGCUUUCGCCAAUGGCCCAACCGUCCACAAUCUCACCGGUUCCGCUGUUGAGAGAUGAGCUCGACAUAGUGAUUCCCACCAUCCGAAACUUGGACUUUUUGGAGAUGUGGAGACCCUUUUUCCAGCCUUAUCAUCUCAUCAUCGUUCAAGACGGUGAUCCUUCGAAGACCAUCAAAGUUCCCGAAGGCUUUGAUUACGAGCUUUACAAUAGGAACGAUAUCAACAGGAUUCUGGGUCCUAAGUCCUCUUGCAUCUCUUUCAAGGACUCUGCUUGCCGGUGUUUCGGUUAUAUGGUUUCCAAGAAGAAGUACAUUUAUACCAUUGACGAUGACUGCUUUGUUGCGAAAGAUCCGUCUGGCAAAGACAUUAACGCACUGGAGCAGCACAUUAAGAACCUUCUGAGUCCAUCUACUCCGUUUUUCUUCAACACUCUCUACGACCCGUACCGAAAUGGUGCAGAUUUUGUCCGUGGUUACCCGUUCAGUCUCCGCGAGGGUGCUCCCACUGCAGUGUCUCAUGGCCUCUGGCUCAACAUCCCUGAUUACGAUGCACCAACUCAGCUUGUCAAGCCUCUUGAGAGGAACACCAGGUAUGUUGAUGCUAUUAUGACAAUACCCAAAGGAACCCUAUUUCCCAUGUGUGGUAUGAAUCUGGCAUUCAACCGUGAAUUGAUCGGCCCUGCAAUGUACUUUGGACUGAUGGGUGAUGGUCAGCCUAUCGGACGAUACGAUGAUAUGUGGGCCGGCUGGUGUACCAAGGUUAUAUGCGACCACCUCGGAUUGGGAGUGAAGACGGGAUUGCCGUACAUUUGGCACAGCAAAGCGAGCAACCCGUUUGUUAAUCUUAAGAAAGAAUACAAAGGAAUUUACUGGCAGGAAGAGUUGAUCCCAUUCUUCCAGUCCGUUACUCUUCCAAAGGACUGCACUACGGUUCAGCAAUGCUACAUCGAAAUCUCGAAGCAGGUCAAGGCAAAACUAAGCAAGGUUGAUGACUACUUCAGUAAGCUCGCUGAUGCUAUGGUGACAUGGAUCGAAGCAUGGGAUGAGUUGAACCCGUCUGGUGCAAAAUCCGCCGAGGUUCCCAACGGAGCUUCGAAGUAGACUUGUUCGGUAAGCAGCUGACAUCGUGUUUAGCACCCUAGGCUUGUUUUCGGAUCGAAGAACGCUUAUUUUGCAGGUCGGAGGGGGAUACAUUAUAAUGCUUAUCAUAUUUAUUACAGAUUGUAGAACUAUGAGAAAUUGAUGAUGGCACAUGGCUUAUUGUAUUGCAUUAGAAAUCGAUGUCUUAUGUCUAAACUAAUUUAUUUAGACAAUGAUUUGAGGUUGUUGCUUUUUC